AUAUCUCUCUCCUCCACACCACACCACUCGAAUCGAAUCCACCACACGGUACCCUCCUCUCUCCUCCUCCGACCACCAUGGCCAUGGCCACGCAAGCCUCCGCCGCCAAGUGCCACCUCCUCGCCGCCUGGGCACCGGCGAAGCCGCGCUCAUCCACCCUCUCCAUGCCCACCUCGAGGGCACCCACCUCCCUCAGAGCGGCGGCGGAGGAUCAGCCCGCCGCGGCGGCGACGGAGGAGAAGAAGCCAGCCCCCGCGGGGUUCGUGCCGCCGCAGCUGGACCCCAACACGCCGUCCCCGAUCUUCGGCGGGAGCACGGGGGGACUCCUCCGGAAGGCGCAGGUGGAGGAGUUCUACGUCAUCACAUGGACGUCGCCCAAGGAGCAGGUGUUCGAGAUGCCCACGGGCGGCGCCGCCAUCAUGCGCGAGGGCCCCAACCUGCUGAAGCUGGCCAGGAAGGAGCAGUGCCUGGCCCUGGGCACCAGGCUCCGCUCCAAGUACAAGAUCAACUACCAGUUCUACCGCGUCUUCCCCAAUGGCGAGGUGCAGUACCUCCACCCCAAGGACGGCGUCUACCCGGAGAAGGUCAACGCCGGCAGGCAGGGCGUCGGCCAGAACUUCCGCAGCAUCGGCAAGAACGUCAGCCCCAUCGAGGUCAAGUUCACCGGCAAGAACGUCUUCGACAUCUAGACUUCUUCUUCUUCUUCUUCUUCUCUCAUAAUCGACCUAUUAAUUACUUGUGUUUUGGGUGGAUGGACAUGUAAUUUUAAUCAUCUGUCAGGCUGCUCUUCAGUUAUUGAUGAUGGUGUAAUCGAUCGAUGGUGGGAUAUAAUCUCUUCUUAUAAUAUUGUAGUAUAUGUUUGGUGAA